UUCGGCAGUAGCUGUCUUGCCUUGAUCAAAUUAAAUACCCUAACAGUGGGCGUGUGUGUAUAUAUAUGUGUUUCUUGUGUCGUUACUUUGGAAGUGUUCUCGAUGGAUUUUUGUUGGUAGAGGUUGAAUAAUGUAUUGAUAGGGGGACUAAUACACAGGAGCUGUACCAUGUUUGUACAUGCGUCUGAUGUGGAAUUUUUUUCCUGAAAUUACUCUAGGGCAUAUAGAAGCUAUCCCAGUUAAAUAGUCUAUCCCUAGACAAGGGUCUGGAAACUGAUGGGUGUGUUUCAGUUCGAUGUGAAUGUUAAAUGUAUGCUACUUGACUGAAUGCAGAAGUCUGGUUGAUGUCGAACUAGGCACGAAUGAGGUCUUGACUGUGAAUUUCGAAACAGGACUACAGCAGGGGGACCACGACUGGCAGGUAUUCAUUCCUCAGGGAGAUCGGCCUAAAAAAUGGCGAGAUAAGAUCGAAUUGUUAACAAACCUGGAUGAGGUUAAAGGACAUCGUUAAUGAGACUGUUAGUUUAGAUUUCGUCAAUAAUAAGAAAAAAAAAAAAAAGACGCAAUGGGACCGUGCCUUUCAGGACUAUCGAGAGAUAAGCCCCCGUUUGCAGAGAGAAUACCUCCUCCUCCAAAACCGAGAGAGAACAACAGACUCGGAGAGACGACUUAUCCCUUCGUGGUCGCCAUUCACGACUUUACUCCUACCGGACCCAAUCAAGUGAGAUUUAAAAGGGGAGAUCUGCUCGAAAUUUUUCACAAAAACGGUGAGGAUUGGUGGAGGGGACGGCACCAGACAACCAGAGAAGAAGGUUAUAUUCCCGUGGCUUAUACUGUCCCUUCAACAUCCCUUGAGAGCCAAGAAUGGUACUUCGGAAUACUAACGAGGGAUGAAUGUGAGGCACUACUAAUGCAAGAGAACAACCCUGCUGGGGCUUUUCUGGUCAGAGACACUGACAAACACUCGGACAAUCACAAGUAUACCCUCAGCAUCAAAACACUCGAUGGCAACUUUGCGAUAAAGAUGAGGCACUACAGAAUUUUCAUCAACUCAUCUGGAUAUUACUUUGUAUCUCCGACCCACCUAUACUCAACAAUUAAUGAUCUCAUAGAAGCGCUGCGUAACAGAAGUGACCCUCGGGAGAUCAGUCCGGAGCUCACAGUUCCCUGCAGGAAGCCUGUCCCCGUCAUCAAUAAUUUGACGCCCGGUGAAGUGUGGGAGAUUCCCAAGGAGGAUGUGCAUUUUAUCAAGGAGAUUGGAAGAGGAAAUUUCAGCGAAGUCUGGCUCGGAAAAUGUUAUAACACAUCCGUCGCUAUAAAGAAGUUAAUGACAGACUCAUCGAUGACCAGGCAGCAAUUCAUGGAGGAAGCUGCCAUCAUGAAAAGGCUGAAGAACAAGAACAUCUUGGUGUUAUACGGAGUCUGCACCUCAGAGGAUCCUAUACUUAUCAUCACGGAAUACAUAAGCAACGGGUCGCUCCUCGACUUCCUGAGGAAUGAAGAGAACCAGGAGCUUCCGAUUAAUACCAAAAUUCACUUUGCUCAACAGGUGGCAAAUGGCAUGUGUUACCUUGAGAGGCAACAGCUUAUCCACCGGGACUUGGCGGCUCGAAACGUCCUUAUCAACGAAGCUCUAAUCUGCAAGAUUGCUGACUUCGGUCUAUCGAGGAUUCUAAGCGGGGACGAGUACAGUGCAUCUAGCCAAAUGAAAAUCGCUCUCAAAUGGACUGCUCCGGAGGCCUUCUUGAAAUAUUGCUUCAGUAUCAAGUCCGACGUCUGGUCUUAUGGCAUCCUGUGCUAUGAGAUAUUCACUGGCGGCGAGGUCCCGUAUUCAAGUUAUACCAACGACGAGAUUAUAUUCCUCAUAAGAGAUGGCCACCGCUUGGGUAAACCUUCCAACUGCCCUGACCUAAUUUACGAAACGAUGUUGUGCUGCUGGAAUGAUAAACCGCAGCAGAGGCCAACGUUCGAGUUUCUCCUCCAACAGAUGCAAAAUUUCAUUGUGUACCAAGAGAUGCCCUAUUAUGCACCACAGCCAGAAUAAUAGUGUAGUAACAGGAAAUGGUCAGGGAAUGUCAUGACAGCUUUAGUUCCCACAGAUCUUGCUCAGGGUGUUUACCCAAUAAGGCUUCAGUGGGAGGGUCGUGGAUGUUAAAGACGAACAAAAACUACCAUUCCUCCCGCUGGGGUAACUAUAGAUCUCGCGCCAACCAAAAGUAGAGGUAAUGGUCGAUGAGACAAUUUAUGAUUACUAUCAACUUCUUUCAUUUCAUAGCUUUUGGUAUUGUCUUUCAGUGGCUGUUGGGUGGUACAGUCCAAUGGUCGACACCUGACUCCUUUAUAACAACCAUCCAUUUUAUUUGACUGAUCUAUUUGAUAAAGAAACGUUUGAAGUAGUGUGAAGAACAGUGAUGUAUAAACACCUAGAAAAGUGUCCACUAUUAAAAAAAAUCAAAGUAAUCUUGUGCAAAUAUAAUGAGAAAAAGAAAAUAAUUACUUUAAUAAGAAAAUGUAUGAGAUUAAACAUUUCAUGAUAAACUGUUUAACGCUUAUCCAGAGCUGAAAUGACAUAGAGUGCAUUUAUCUGAUAUGGGUUGUGUUAUGUAUAAAUUUUCUUUCCAUGUAUGAGUAAAAACAUACAUACAUCACAAUAAAUUA